AUGCUAAUAGGAGGGAGAUUGGUUGGAGUUGCAGACCAUGUGAAGGCCAAGUGUCCACUUUUUGCAUCGAAUCCAGUUCAAUCUCUUGCUCCUGGGACACUACACAUCAUUGAUGGGCGUCAGGGGCAGGUUGAGGCCGCCAAGGCUCGGGGUCGGGUUUUUCAAUUGACUGCAGAGGAGGCCAGAAUUACACCCAAUGUCGUUGUUGGUACUUUCCUUGUGAGUUCUGUAACUGCCUUAAUGUUGAUUGACUCGGGUGUGAGUCGGUCUGUUGUGUCGACAUCUUUUUGUACAAAUUUUAGUGUUGCUCGUGAGGCCUUGGAUCAACCUUUAACGGUCGCUAUAGCCGAUGAUCGCAUGAUUUCAGCUUCUGAGAUAUACCAGGAUUGUGUAUUGGAGAUUUUCGGUGUUGGAUUCCCAAUUGAUCUCAUCAUUAUCGCAAUGGGAGAUGUUUACAUGAUUACAUGUAUGGAUUGGUUGAGCUGGUUUGGAGCAUUGAAUAACUGCGAAAAGAAGUUAGUGAUGGUUCAUGACCCAAGUAGGGGAGUACUGACUACUUAUGGAGAGGGCACCAGGGUUGGUUAUGAUUUAUGUUCCAUCGUGAGGAUGAGGCGGCAUCUUCAUCAUGGGUGUAUGAGGUAUCUAACAUAUGUUGUUGAUCCACGGGCAGAGGGAAAGCAGUCAGUUUCUUAUGUUCUUAUUGUGAGGGAUUUUCUUGAUAUUAUUUCUCAUGAUUUUCUUGGUGUGCCUCCUGAGAGGUAG